AUGAACAAAAAGAUUGUUGGAAAUGAACCAGGUUUGGUUGGAUAUUGGCCAUUUGACAAUAAUUUCAAAGAUAUGAGUUCAAAUGUAAAUGAUGCUAGAGCAUCUAGAGCUAUUUAUUUUACUCCAUUUACAUUAUCAUUAAACUUUGGAUGGUCAUUUGGAGGAUAUUCAUUCAUAGCAUUCCAAGUUCCAUGGUCUGUAAUUAUGAAUCCAACAACAUCAACUGAUACUGAGAAAGUACUUGUUUAUCGAUUCAAAUUCACUCAAUCAAAUGGUGAUAGAUUCUAUUAUACAACCGAUAGUUCAUUCACUUCAAGUGGUUGGGUGAACGAUGGUAUUGCUUUCAAAGUAUAUCCACCAAAUUCUGUAAUACCUUCUACCAAACCAGUUUACAGAUAUUCAAGAACUCAAAUUCCAUCGCUUGGAUCAGGAUUAGUGUAUGGAUAUUCAAUUAUUCCAAAUUUACCAGGUUGGAUAAAUGAAGGUAUUGUUUGGAAAACAACAAGUGAUUCAACACCAUCAUUCCUUUCAUAUCAAGAUCUUGAAUAUAAGAUGAUUCAAAAUGUUGGAUCACAGAAAUGCUUGACAUCACCAACAACAUUUGCAUCAUCAGUAACACUUUCAACAUGUGAUCAAUCGAAUCUUCAACAAUUCUGGUAUUUGAAAUAUGAUUCAUUUGGACCACAUCUUUACAAUCCACAAACAAUGAUGUAUAUGGACAGACAAGCAACAACAUUAAUAGGAAUAACAUAUUUUCCUCAAAACAAUUUUUAUAUUCUCAAUCAAUUAACAAAUGGACAAUACACAAUUCAAGAAUAUAUUACUUCAUUAUGUCUUCAACUCAAUACUGUUUCAAAUAUAGUUGAAUUCAAAACUUGUGAUUCAUCAAAUCAAAAUCAAAUAUGGAAAUAUCCAAGUUCAGUUUUAGUUGAAAGUUCGAAAUCAAUUCCAUUGUUCCCAGGUGCAUGUUUAGAUUCACUUGGAUUGAAAUGUCCAACAACACUUCCAGAAGGUAGAUCACUCAAGACAUCAAGUUCAUCACUCACAAUCAACUCUCAAGGAAAUGGAUAUUUAUCACUUAAAUCCGGAGGUUCUGAAGUAUAUUCAUUGGGUGUAACAUCUUCAACAGGACCAUAUUCAAUUACAAUUCAAUCAGAUGGAAAUGUUGUUUUGAAAGGUAAUACUGGAACUUAUGCAGCAAUUGGAUGUUGGAAUCUUGGAGGUCAAUAUCUCAAUCUUCUUGAUAAUAAUCUUUAUGGUUUACAAUAUGGAAUGAUCGUUCAAAACAAUCAAAACAAGAUGAUUUGGUCGAAAUUAGGAUAUUCAACAUCAUUCAGGAUUGCAUUGAUUCCAGGUUCAUUCAUUGACCAUCUCGAUACCCCAACAAAUUAUCUUGGAGUCAAUCAAUUCAUCACCAAUGGAAGAGAUUAUUUGAUUGUCAAGAAGACACCAUCUGGUGAUAGAUAUGGGGUAUAUUUAUAUGGUGGAAAUCCAAAUUCUGGAUCAACUGUUCUCUGGAAAUAUGAUGAAAUAUCAAUUACCGAAUUCAAAGAAGAUCUCAGAAUGUAUGUUCGUUACGGUACAGGCUGUAUUUGCUUCGUCGACUCAUCAACAGGAACAUCUGUUUGCUAUCCCACUAGAAUCUUGAACUCACCAAACAUUCAAUCGUCUCGAUAUCUCCAACUUCCAGCACCAGGAAGUGAUCAACCAACAGAUUGGGCAAUUGUAUAUCGUACAGCAACAGGAUCAAUGACAUAUGGAUAUUUUGGAAACUCCAAGGCAUUUAAUAACUAUGCAACCCAACCGAACUAUGAGUAUCAAUAUGAAAGUAGAUUCUUAAGCAUGCAAAUAGAAAAUGAAGAAUAUUCAGUUAAGAAUUUAUUUUCAAAUCAAAUCAUUCAACAAUCACCACCAAAUGUUAUUUUUUGUCAAAGUGAAUCACUUUGGAGAUUCGGAGUUUUUCAAAUUAUCUAUGAUAGAUUAAUCGAUGGUGUUCAAUUUUGUACUACCAAUAACAACUUAGUAUAUAUGAUUGAUUCAGGUAAUCUACUAAAUAAUGCAGAACCAUAUGACAAAACUUUCUUACUUCUUACCUCAAUGCCUGAAAUAGUUGUGUAUAGCAAAGACGGAAAAUACAUUUGGUCUCAAGGAUACAGUACUAUUUAA